UUGGCAGAUUUGCAUACAUCUUUGUGUCUUUUAAGGACAUUCAGAGAAGGCAUAAAAAAGUUAGCCACACACACUAAAUGUACAAGGGUUGCAACAUAAGGAUUGUGCAAAACUUUAAGACUUUGGACUCAGAUCUUUCUUCUGGAAGAGAAGGUUUCUUUGCACAUUUUAAUCAGUCAGACUCAGGGCUUCCGAAGUCGGGUCAACAUGGUUAAGUUUGCGCCACUGAAAAUACCCUUAGAAAGAAGGCUGCAAACAGCUGCUGUAUUACAGUGGGUUUUCUCUUUUCUGGCUCUCGCUCAGUGCUGUCUCGUACUGUUUAUUGCCCUCCUCUUCACUCGGUUUUGGCUGAUAAGUGUCCUGUAUGCCACGUGGUGGUUCCUCGACAUAGAUACUCCCUCUAAAGGUGGGAGGCCACAUAGGCUUCUAAGACAAAGCAUUGUCUGGAGAUACUUCAAGGACUACUUUCCUAUCACACUUGUAAAGACAGCAGAUCUAGAUCCGAGGCAGAAUUAUGUCUUAGCUUUUCAUCCCCACGGAGUCCUGAUUGCAGGAGCUUUCGCUAACUUCUGUACUGAGGCGACUGGAUUUCCUGACCUGUUCCCUGGCAUGUCACCAUACCUGUUAAUGCUACCUCUUUGGUUUAGGGUCCCAUUCUUCAGGGAUUACAUACUAGCUGGAGGUCUGAUACCAUCUGAUAGAGACAGUGCUUCCUACUUAUUAAGGAAAAAGGAUGGUGGAAACGUGGUUGUCAUAGCGAUUGGGGGUGCACCGGAGUCUCUGGAUGCCAGACCUGGAGCAUAUACGCUGCUUCUGAAGAACAGAAAGGGAUUUAUUAAGCUGGCUAUACAACAUGGAACACCCCUCGUCCCUGCUUUUUCAUUUGGAGAGAAUGAGGUUUUUGACCAAGUGAGCAAUCCUAAAGGAACAUGGCUGAGGAGAGCACAGGAAAAACUUCAGAAAAUAAUGGGGGUGGCCCUCCCUCUCUUUCAUGCACGUGGAGUGUUCCAGUACAGCUUUGGUCUCAUGCCAUAUCGAAAACCUAUUUUCACUGUAGUUGGAAAACCACUCAAAGUAGAGAUGAAGAGCAACCCAAGCCCAGAAGAGAUUGAUGAGCUACAUAAAAAGUACAUUGAACAUCUGUGUCAGCUCUUUGAAGAACACAAAACAAAGUACGGUGUCCCGGAGGAUGUGCAUCUUACAUUCAUUUAGACCAUCUUACAUUCAGGAAUUCUGAAUUCAGACUGUAACUCCUUCACUUACAGUGAAUCAGGUUUUAGGAGUGAAAUGCAAUAUACCUGUUAAGUGUUGCAGUAACACCUUAACUCUUUCAGCUGUCUUUCUUUCAGCAAGUGGAUAAAUCCUGUGCACUAUUUUUAAAGGAUUGGCAGGUAUCUGCCUCUUUAGCAAUGCAGAGUUUUGAGUUUGAUUUGUGAAAGGUGACAGCCCAGUAAUUCUGUGGCAGAGAGCCCUCGUAUGCUGUUUAGACAUAUGAUAAGCCAUUUAUAUACAAGAUAGAACUGCUUAUGCUGUUUAACUGGAGAACAUGUCUUGAUAUAUCAGCUUUAGCAAAGCGCAGACUAGGGUGAGUUUGGUUGUAAAUGAGAAAUAAAUACAUUUUCAAUUUUCUGUUAAAUGCACAUAUUAAUCAUGAAAGCUACCUCAGAGUUUGGAAUGAAUCCAGUCCCACAACUGCAUUCAAACACUGGGAUACCAAAAUUAAUUCCAAAACAUAUUUUAAACAUACAAGGGAAAGCACUUGAUUCAGUCUAAUUCUGAUCAACCACAAAACAUAAAUUUUAAUUCCUAAAAUGGACUUAAUUAUAAAUAAAUCAGUUUAAAAAUGGCUUAAAGUUAACCAGUAAUUUAGAUGUACAGUUAUUUUGAGUUUUGAUAAUGUUAGCAGUGGCAGAUAAAUAAGGGUCUAAGCUAAGCUGUGCAAACAGGCCCUACUCAUGUUCCUUUAAAAUAAAUCUUAACCUUUCGAGUAUGGCCUGGGAUAUACUUAAUAUGUUCAGGGGAUACCUUCUACUUACUUUAUUAUGUUUGUAUAUAGUAUGUGUGCCCUUUAUGUACACCAUCGUACAACAAUUACAAACAGCCAACAGAUGCUAAGAAAAGUAGUACUGUACCCUUAAUGUACUAUAAAUAUAUGUUUGAGGUAUCUUGAUAGAAACAUCUGUUUUGGUGCUACUACAUGCCAUUAAGAUGACAUGAUACAAAGCUCUGCUCUACACUUGUUCACAAAGGAGUGUUUUUGAGAGCAGUGGUAAAUGUUUUCUUGUUUCAACAUUAUAAACUGAACACCUAAAUAAAUAAAAAGACGGCAGAUAAUGAGAGUCGCAGCAACAUUCAAGUGGUUAUUUCAAAUGGUUUAUAAAUAGGCAUACCUCUGUAGAACUUCUGAAGGAACUGGAAAUAAAAUAUGCAUUUUAUUAAUAUUAAGAAAUGGUUUCCUUAUGAAAAAGUGAAUUGUACCACUCUAUGUAUCACGUCAUCUGUUAAACAGCAAACAUUAAUAAAGUUGGAAUGUCA